CGGAAACAGCUCCUGUUCGCUCCUCCACCCUCCCUUCCUUCUCUUCUGUUCAAUGACGCUCUACAGCAUCGCUUUCACCGAACGAGACACGAAGCAACUACAGGUUGUUUGACUCCGAAAAUGCCGGGCCAGGUGUGAUCUUGGUAUAUUCCACACAGUCUCUUUCACCAACCCCUGUGUUCUCCGUCAAGAUGGCAUCAUGUGUUUCCGGCUGCUCUCCAGUGGUGAGGUUCUGUCAGAAGCUGAACCGGCUAAAGACGUUGGAGGACGACAUGAUGGCAACUUCACUGAAACGCUGUCUGUCCACAGUGGACCUCGCGCUGCUUGGUGUUGGUGGCAUGGUGGGUUCAGGCCUGUAUGUUCUCACGGGAACCGUUGCUAAAGACACUGCAGGACCGGCUGUAGUGGUGUCUUUCAUCAUAGCCGGGGUGGCGUCUCUCAUGGCAGCACUGUGUUAUGCUGAGUUUGGCGCCCGUGUACCAAAGACAGGCUCCGCCUACAUGUUCACGUACGUCUCUGUUGGGGAAAUCUGGGCAUUCCUGAUUGGCUGGAAUGUCAUUUUAGAGUAUAUGAUUGGUGGGGCGGCAGUAGCGCGUGCAUGGAGUGGAUAUCUGGACUCUAUUUUCAAUCAUCGCAUUCAGAACUUCACCGAGAGUCAUGUGAUGCGUUGGGAUGUGCCCUUCAUUGCUAAUUACCCAGACCUCUUAGCAGCCGCCAUCCUCCUAGUGGCUUCCUUUUUCAUUUCAUUUGGUGUUCGUGUCUCAUCUUGGCUAAACCACAUCUUCUCAGCCGUCAGUAUGGCAGUCAUUGUUUUUAUCUUGGUGUUUGGCUUUGUACUGGCCGACCCGGUCAACUGGAGCAGUCGGGAGGGAGGCUUUGCCCCCUUUGGACUUUCAGGUAUUCUGGCAGGAACUGCAACAUGCUUCUAUGCCUUCGUUGGCUUUGAUGUGAUCGCGGCUUCCAGCGAGGAGGCCAGCAAUCCUCAGAGGGCUGUUCCUGCAGCGACGGCAAUCUCACUAGGCCUGGCAGCCACAGCAUAUGUCCUGGUGUCCACGGUUCUUACGUUGAUGGUUCCAUGGCAUACGCUCGACCCAAACUCGGCGCUCUCAGAUGCGUUCUACAGACGAGGAUAUAGCUGGGCCGGGUUCAUCGUGGCUGUGGGAUCCAUCUGUGCCAUGAACACGGUGUUGCUUAGCAACCUCUUCUCCCUUCCACGCAUCGUGUAUGCCAUGGCAGAGGAUGGCCUUUUCUUCUCCGUCUUUUCCCGUGUAAACCCUGUAACCAAAGUCCCGGUGAUCGCAAUUCUAGUUUUUGGCAGCCUUAUGUCAAUCCUUGCCCUCAUCUUUGAUCUGGAAGCUCUGGUCCAGUUCCUCUCUAUUGGCACUCUGCUUGCUUACACUUUUGUAGCGGCCAGCAUCAUAGUGCUCCGCUUCCAGCCGGACAAAAGCAGUGGGAGCUCGGGAGGAGGUGGAAUCAAGACCAACGCUUCAUCCACAUCUUCAGUGAACCAGUCGGGCCAGCCGGUGGAUCCGUCUGUGGGGACGAAUGAGACCCAGACCUUUGCGCCGGACGGUGGAGAGCUGAAGGAGUAUGAGUCCUUCUCUGAUAAACUUCAGCUGGUGGAGCGGCAGAAGUCGGUGAAGGAGAGAGGGGCUCCAGGCACACUGAAGGCCUGCUGGGAGCCGUAUCUGGGCCGGAUAGUGGGGGGCUGUGAGCCAGGCGGGGUGGUGGCCUUCUCUGUGCUCGCUCUGAUGGUCAGUGGAGUCUGUCUUUGUGCUGUGCUGGUGUUUGGGAAUGACCAGCUCAAUCUGCCUGUGUGGAGCUUCACCCUGCUGCUGGUCAUCUUCAGUCUGGUCUUCCUGCUCAGUCUGGCUCUCAUCUGGGUCCAUGAACAGCAGCCCAAUCAUAAGACUUUUCAGGUCCCUCUGGUGCCAUUCGUUCCUGGCUUCAGCAUCCUUCUGAAUGUAUUUCUCAUGCUGAAGUUAAGUCCACUCACCUGGAUCCGUUUCGCUGUAUGGCUUGCAGCAGGUCUUCUGGUGUAUUUCGGCUAUGGUAUCUGGCACAGUAAGGAGGGUUUGCGGGAGAAGCAGGGGCAGGAAGUGGCAGCACGAUACGUGGUCCUUCCCAGCGGCAGCCUGGUGGAGACCGUCCAGAACGUCCAGCCUGAAGGACACACUCUCAGCACCCACUCACCAACCCACGAUAAUGCACCUGCCAGCAGAUGAUCUGAUCACACUGAGGUGUGUUCACAGUACACCCGCAUGCCUGCCUGUUCUGUUCCUCCUGGUUUUCUUUCUCUUCAGUUUACUGACAAAUGACAACGGUUUAUCAAAACGAAGGGUUAAAGGAAUAUUCUAGGUUCAGUAACUUGUCAAAUAAUGUUGGUUCCCACAAAAAAAUUAUUUGGACUUCCCCCAUUUCCUUUAAAAAAUCAAUAGAGGUAAAUGGAACCCAUUUUGGAGCAGAAAUGUGUACCUUAUUAUUUUAUGAACAAUUAUUCUGUUAAAACUGUAUUAUUUGAGCUGUAAACAAUUUGAGCUGUCAUUGCAAAAAAAAAAAAAAAAAGUUGUAAAAUUGUAAAUACCUUUACAAAGAAAAGUGUUCUUGUUUAUAUCUUACGACUGUAAUUUUGAAAUGGUGAGGACCGAUUGGCCCAAUUCACUUACUUUGAAAGUAUCUCACUGUAAUCCAGAUUUUUUGCCAUUUUUAAAGAAAAUAAAUGAAGUGCAUUGUAAUUUUUGUGGUAAUCAACAUUAUGCAACAAAUGCUGUUGACUGGUCUUAACCUGAACUGACCCCAACAUAUUACUUUAAUAUUGUAUUUGAGCAACCAUUGUCAACGUCCUUGUUCACCAUCCUAAUGAAAUACGGCCAUUUAUUUUCUUUGUUGUUUAUACAAACACACGCGCACACACACACACAUGCAAAUACUUUGCUGGCCAUCAUUUUAAUUUAACAGCAGGCAGGAACUAUCAACAAAUCAAGUGAAUAACUAACCACUAACCUCAGUGGCUCUGUUUCCACCCUCUUUCUCCAUGUUUUGUUUUCCUCUACUUCUCUGCACCUUAUAAAUAUUUAUUUUUAUAAUACAGUAUAACUGUAUUUUUAUUUCUUUUUCAGCAUAUACUGGAACGGAGAUCAUGUUUUAAUCUUGUCAACCUUUCAUGGUGAUUCUUCUCUGUUUAUCAUGUGUGUUUGUACGAUAAGCUCAGUAUGAACUGCCUCUGAGUAACCAGGUUUUAUUUGUGUCCACUGCCACACCUCACUAAAACAACACCUACCCCAGUGCUCACUAAUCUUUAUUCCCACACUCCGAUCCGCACAUCUCAUGUGACAUUCCCACAUACUAAACCACCCUCAUUCUCACACUUACUCACUCAGCGUUGCGUGACACAGAUGGAAUUGGUACCUGCGAAACUCGCUGUUUAUUUAGCUGGGUCAGUGACAUUUAUUUAGUUUUUGUCCAGGUCUAUACAUUUCUUUGCAAAUGAAAUCCUGCUAGCCCGAGGAAGGUUGAUUUGACCGAGAUCUUGCAUUAAAAAAUCAAAUCAAAAUUGUGUUACAACUGUCCUGAAACAGAACGAGGAAAAAAGGCUCAUUAAAAUGAUGAAAUUAUUAAAAAAAGAAAUAAUGUUUUAUUCUAUUAUUUCUUAGAAAAAAAGCAGUAGCCUCUCUAUUUAAAAAGAGUACAUUUCUAAGAACAUGAAAUCGAUUUAAAAUAACAAAAAAAUGUUCCUUUCUUAAUUUUAAACACUCUUAUUUGUCAUUUAAUUAGAAUUAAUUAGAAUUUCUGUUGACUUUAAAGAUAAAGAACUCAGUUUAUGUUGUUAGAAUAGUCACAGUUAUAAUGGUAACCUUACAUACACAGUCUUGAGAAUUUCUGGCGCCCUAAACACCAUUGUGUCCUUCUGAGAGCUUCAGUUUGUGGACUGACCCUAUUAGUAUUAAGGCUAAAUUUGCUUUGGAUAGGAACAUGUGUGUUAAUGACUAAUAAUAAUAUAUACUUCCAUUGAACACAACUACAAUAUUGUUAUUGAAGAUAGUUUUCUUAGUACAAGGACGACAGAAAAGUGCAUUAAAUGUGCAUUGGAUGCUGUUUGGACAGCAUAUACUGGAAAAUAUGCCAUGCAAAAGCAAAGAUGGGAUAUUACCCUUCACAAGCCCCUGUAAUCUCCCUCACCCCCUAGAUUUACAGCAUCCCCUCCCUCACAGAUUGACCCAGAUUAUCUGUGGGGAGAGAGUAUUAAAUUGUCACUCGGAUAGCACUACACUCAUUCACUACCAUGACCAAUGUCAUUCUACUUCCUGCUGUUUCUGCUUCAUCAUGCUAACUCCAUUAUAAACAUACAACAAAGACCAAUCAAAUUUUGACCAAUCAUAUUCACUCAGCAUGUGAGAUUUAAUCAAAGAGCACUUUACAGGUUACUGGAUGUACCACAAGUUUAUUUAGUGCUUUGAAAUAUAGUUAAGUAAGGAAGCAUGUGUUUUUGUUGAUGUAUUCGGACUUGUAUGUUUUCAUUCACACUCCAAUCCCAGUGUUGUGUGGAGUCGUAACCAUACUACAUAAUGACUACUGGAUCGCACCCAUGAGACUUUCAUUAAAUGACAUUAUCUCUUGCAGCCAGUCUUACUAACCACAUCUAACAAGCUGAACUAAGGCUGCUUGCACCUGGUAUGAGCGUCCAUCUCAAGUGCUCAGCUGACAUAGACCUGCAUCGUCAUACGGUGCAAAAAUGUAACAAAACACAAUAAAUAUAUCCCACUGCUGUUUCGUUAUAAUCUUUAUAAUCUGACGACAAAAAUGAUGUUGUCAUCUUGUCAUGUUAAUAUAAGAAGAUUGUGUGAAGCUUUGCUAUCGAUUAUCAAUAUGAUUUAUUUAUUCUAUUGUUUUCUUUUAAAACUGUACAUAGCAGGCACAGUUUAAAACGUAACAAGAAUUAUUUGAACACCAAAUUGUGUUGUUUGACAGCUUAGUAUUUACAUUCCUCUAAAUGAUUAACACUCCUUUUUAUUUGUAUAUACAGUGAAUGUAAGGCUAAAUGCUUCCUCACACACAGCACUAGACUAAUGGCUGUUCUUCAUGUCACUGAUGUGCUGAUAAGGGUAAAAGGCCCACUUCAUCACACCCAUCCACUGCUUCAGAUACAACAUCAAUACUCCCUUUAUUGAGUGCACUGGUGUUUGUUCAAAGCCUUUCUAUUGAGGUUUGUAUUCUCAGUCGUGUAGCAGCUGUCUUGUUUUUGUAUCUAAGCCUGUCUGCUAGUCCAGUUCGCUGUAUAAUCCACUUCACGUCUUUCUGGCAGCCAGACUUAGUUGUGUAAUGCAUACACGAAAAAUAGUAAAUGAAGGCACAAUAUCCAGUUAAGAUAUAAAUACUCUAUUUGUGAUUAUAAAUAUAGCACACCUAACCAAUGGCCUUAAUGAUGCAGAUACUGAAGCAUUCCCAAAGUUUUACAUACAGACUAUAGUCUUCUUUGUAAUUUUGUGGUAUUUAAUAUUAUUAUUCAAUCAAAGAUAUAAAAAUGAUUAUAAAGCUGAGAUCUUGUUUGAAAGAAUUUUGGAAGCACCUCUUUUUUUUUUUUGGCCUUUCUUUCCUCUUUGUACAGCUUCUGUAUAUCAGGUUGUGUUUGCCUCGCCCUGUUCACUUGCACUGUCAUCUCUUUCAAAAGCACCGCUUAAGAAAUGUCCUUUGUUGUGUCACUGAACAUAUACCUCUAUUUUGUGUCUUUGUAACAUUCUGUUAUUAAAUUGUAUCAUGUGAUGAUUAAAUGUUUUGAAGCAU